GAAUUUUCAUUUUUGGUUGAACUGACCCUUUAAUGCAUGUGUUUUUUUCACUUAGCUAAUUUAAAACCUGAUCGAAACGGUAAUCUAUUUUAAUGACAGAAGUUCAAAUAGGAGAGCAAAUGACAUGUCGGUAUCAGAAUUGGCCAAUAGUUUGUUAAAAUUGGUAUCGUAUUGGCCAAAAAAAAACUCCUAUCGGUGCAUCCCUUUUAAAAAAUAUCUUUGUCUUCCGAAGAUGAACUAAGUCUAAUGGGUCUUGGAGCAUCACACUGUGCCAAUUUGCUUAUUGUCCAUUACCAUGUAAUUGAGUCUGAAGCAGUCAAGAAAGUAAGUCAUACAAGUUUAGAGCUUUACCAUGUUGAGUACAUGACAGAUUUUCUUUUCAUUUUUGGGUGAGCUAUUCCUCUAAAACCGUCAUACUGCUGGAGGCAACUUGUAAUGCUUGACAGGGUACAGUUCAGAGAUGGAUUCGAAGUCUCGUCGGUUUCCGUUUGCUGUCUCCAGCUCUUCCUCGCUGUCAUCGCCCUCCUCCCUGUCUUCCUCAUCUUCGGCGCUCAGUGCGAGUCGGCUCUAUGGCAGAGGGAGCGUCUUGGGAAGAGAUCGCUAUAGCAGGGACACUUCUGUCAAGCUAGACUCAGACUAUCAGAGUUCCCGUUUGCUGAGCUCACCAAGAGGUUACAGUUCAACUGAAAGCCGUCACUCCAACUGGAAGCUCUCUACUCCUAUCUCCCUUUCCUCUUCUUCCUCUACAUCAUCUUCCUGUGAUCGAUCAUGGACAGAAUCCACCAGUGGGGAAAGAGGCAGACUUGUAAAUAUUACAGACUCUGAGAGAAGACUGGGAACCUACUGUGGACUUCUUGGCACAUCCCAAGACAGCGAGUCUAAAAGAGCAAAACUUUCUUACACAAAUAGAGCAGGAUAUUCCAGAUCCCCAUCCACAUCUAAACCUGCCAACUCUUACUCUACUUUAGGAAAUUCUUCAUGGAAAACCACCAUUAGUCCUUUGUCUAGAUCAUCCUCCUCAUCAUCAUCCUCGUCCACUCCAUCAGAGGGUCCUUGGGCCCGCAGGGAUUUGGAGAAGAGGGGGGAUUCAGGACUGACCUCACUGGGGGAGUCUAGUUACCGGCCUAGUGGACUGACAUCUUCACUGUACCGUUCAGAGCGUGUUACAUCCACCUAUGCACAAGGUGCUCGACCCAAAGAGAGCCAGUACUCAUCCCACAGAGAGAACAGUUCAUCUAGUCGCCGUAUCUCAACCGAGUACCUCCCCUCUCCGCUGGAGCGCAGCUCCCACAGGCCGACCACAUAUUACCAGUCUGGUCCGUUCUCUCGCGAUACACCACGCUCCAGCUCUAGCUCCACCAGAACCUCCACCUCUGUGUCGGACCCAUCCCACCUCUCAUCCUGGAGCUCCACCCCUUACACACCCCUUAAUGGCUGUAGCUCCAGCCCACCUUCAUCUAGCCCCGCCCCCACUCCACUUCCUGCUCAGAAUGGCGGCGACUCAGAUGGCAGGCGAACAACCAGGCGCCUGCUAUCUCGACUUUUCUCCCGACGUUCCAGUCAGGAGUCAAACUCCACUGCCAGCUCUGCCUCUGAUUCAAGGUCAUUUGACUCGAGCCCAGAUGAAGCCCUGCCCUCUGAAGCCCCUCCUCCGGUCAGUAGAGAAAAUUUGGAAGCAGAGCUGAGGAAUUCGGAUCCCGUUCAGGCAUUUUCAUUCUUGCGCCGACGCGGACCAUCUCUCGCUCCCGUCCAGGAGAGCGCUGAUGUAGAGCCGGAACAGGAAUCGCUCAGGCCUCAAGCGGGCCUGUCCUGGCUGAACUGGAACCGCUGUACCCCACUGUUCUCUCGUCGCAGGAGGGAAGGGCGUGAUGAAAGCGCCCGCAUGGGCCCUCAUCGUUCACCCCAAUUCCCUGACCGAGAUGGCCGCAAAACGCCUGACCAGGGCACGCAUUGUGAAGAUGAUGACGAUGAUGAAGAUGAGUCCUCAGAGGGCGCUACAGCUGCACCCUCUGCUGGAGCCUCAGGUCUCUCUGCAUCGCUGUUGCAGGACGGAGCCCGUCUGGCAGGACGGAGCCAUGGCAUUGGCAGGGUGAUGACCAGCCCGCUCUUCCGUAUGCCUGAGAAUGUAAUAAUUGGUGUGGGGGUAGGAGCAGAGAGGAGGAGUCAAACUGAGGAGCAGGCAAAAGACAAGCCCGCCCCCUCCAGAGACCCAGAGAGACUGCGAAAGAUUCAGGAGAGCCUUCUCUUGGAGGAUUCUGAUGAGGAGGAGGGUGAUCUGUGCCGAAUCUGUCAGAUGGGGGAGCAGUCGAGUUCCAACCCUCUGAUCGAGCCCUGCAAGUGCACCGGCAGCCUGCAGUAUGUGCACCAGGACUGCAUUAAGAAAUGGCUCCGCUCCAAAAUCAGCUCUGGUUCUAACUUGGAGGCCAUCACUACCUGUGAACUUUGUAAGGAAAAACUGCACCUAAACAUUGAGAACUUUGACAUCAAUGAGCUCUAUAGAUCUCAUGAAAGGUCAGAGUACGAGUUCAUCAGCUGUGGGCUGUACCUGGUGGUGCUCCUGCACCUGUGUGAGCAGAGGUUUUCUGAUGUCCUGGGUGCAGUCAAUGAUGCUGGGGUUCAUAUGCAGAAUCUGAUGAAGAUGAGGCGGAGGACAGCAGACCGUCCAUUGACUUCUGUGACUUGGAGGAUGAUGAGGAAGAGGAGGAGGUUUAAUCGGUUGGCAGGGAGGAAGGAGGCGUGGCUUAGCAGUUCGUCUCUGUCUUCUCCCACUUGAUGUUUUCAACCUGUCUCCUCCUGUUUGAAGUGACUUUAGCCAAUGUCUGAUUGGCAGCGUAACCACUGUCCCUAGCCUAUCACAAGGCUUUCAUAAUAUGCAGAUAAAUCAAGUUUAUGGGAGCUGUUUGGAUCCUUUUAUGAUUUUUCUUUUUUUUUUUUUUUUUCUGUUUUGCAUCAGGUUGGUGAGCACUCUAAAGCUUUAUUAAGUUUAAAAAAAAAAAAUGUCCGGUGAACUGUUGACCACCAUGAGUGCUUUAAAUAACUAUGCUUAGAAGCUGGUUUGGGGAAAGAGAGGAUCUUGGAAGAUUCGUGCUCUUAAACUGGUGGAGUUGAGGAACGUUCAUCCGCUCAUUUAUACAGUAGGGCUGCUUGAAAAGGACAUGAUGUUUGGUUUCAAUAUCUUGAUUUUAAAAAAUAAAUAAGACCCUUAAUUUCCUGUUUUUUGUUUUUAUGUUAUUAAUACACUUGUUUACUUAUUUGAGAAUGGGUGAGUGAGAAAAUGUGGUCACUUUUCUUUCAAGAAUUUCUCUUUACAAAGGACCUUUUCCACAGUCUGUUUGUAUGUUGUACAUUGUACAUUAAAACAAUGUAAUUCGCUUGAAUUAUUACAAUAAAAUGGAGGUAUUGUGAUGCCUCACAAAAAUC